GGCAGAGCAGCCAUUUUUGCAGGAACGGAGUCCAUGGGAAGUUUGCUGAUGUGAAGAACUUUGCCUUCUUUUUAUUUUUUUGAUAUUUUGUAUCCCCUUCCCUUUAUUUAUCAACAAUAUUGAUACAAAGUAACAAGUCUUAGAACUCUGAAGACAAUGAGCGCCAAAGAUUCCACAUCUGCCCCUGUGGAGAAGUACAAGCUGGUGGUAGUUGGAGGUGGAGGUGUGGGCAAAAGUGCAUUAACUAUUCAGUUUAUCCAGUCGUACUUUGUCUCCGACUAUGACCCCACGAUUGAAGAUUCGUACACGAAAAUCUGCUCGAUUGACGGGAAGCAAACGCGCCUGGACAUUCUGGACACCGCCGGACAAGAGGAGUUUGGUGCGAUGAGGGAACAGUACAUGCGCACAGGAGAGGGCUUCCUUCUGAUCUUCGCGAUCAAUGACAGGGGAAGCUUCAAUGAAAUCAGCAAGUUUCACACACAGAUCCUUCGCGUCAAAGACAGAGAUGAGUUCCCCAUGAUUCUGGUCGGAAACAAGGCAGAUCUGGACCUCCAGAGACAGGUGACUAAAGAAGAAGCCUUGAGUUUUGCGCGGGAAAAUCGGAUCCCUUACAUGGAGGCUUCUGCUAAGAUCCGGUUGAACGUCGAUGAAUCUUUUCAUGAACUCGUGAGAGCAAUCAGGAAAUUUCAGGAGCUGGAGAGUCCUCCUACACCCACGGUUAAUCCCAAAAAGAAAGAAUCCAAAUCCUGCCCCUGCGUGAUCCUGUAAUGCGGUUCCACGUGGAGCACAGGUGGGGCCCGAAAAAAAUAAAAAGGCACAGAAAAAACACAGUGAAAUUGUAGCAUACUCAUUGAGUAUCUACUUUGCUCCUGUUGACAGCCUUCUCCUCGGUGGCGCUCUCAUCCAAGUUCAAUCCGCAGAAACCUGGAGCCUACAUCAGAGCGACGAUUGCUUUCUUCACAUGAUCACAUGACCUGCCAGCUCCUCCCUCCGCUGACCCCACCCCUGAGGGCCAGUAACGCAUCCAAAGACAGAACAUCGCCCUGCAUCCCAGGGACAGAGCUUCUUACUACUACAGAGGAAAGGCAGUUUGCACACAAUGUAAUCAUUAUUGCUGAUGCUUCAGUGUUCCUGUAUACUGGGAUCUGCAUGUAAAUAUAUAUUCUGUAUAUAUAUUUUAUAUAUAUUUUUUGUUCUUUUAAGACUAGUAUUCCAUGAGCUGUCCGUAAGCAAGGUGCGCGUGCAUUCGAAAGACUGACGCAGGGCUUCUUGUAACACCAACUUCCGCUAUAUAUAUUAGGAAUUUUAUUGGCCCCUCCGGGAUUUAAACGCCUUACACACUAAACAAGCAUCUCAGUUUUCUGGCUCAAACCCUAAUCUAUCCUUCACCGUCAUCUUAAAAGGGGCACUGUCACCUAAAUGGUGUGAACAUAGCAUUUAGUUUUUAAUCCAAGAUUGAGCUCUUUAUAGUAUGGGCAUUUUGGGCACUCAUUCAACCGCAUUCUGAACCUUUUUAUAAAACACGCCAAGUUUUUAAUUCUGCCAGACUGAUGUAUAAAUAGUAUUAUUUGGUUUGAGUCACACUGUAAACAUCGUGUGGGUGACAACGUCCUCUUUAAACCGUAGGUUUCUGCAGAAAACUGGCCCUUGUGGACAGGUUGUUUUAUUACGCACCAUGUUAUAUCAGAACACUCAAAAGCUCAAUUUGCAAGAGCCAGUAUAUAUAUAUAUAUAUAUAUAUAUAUAUACAGGGCACAGGUAGCGCUCCAGCUGUUGCUGAACAGAAGCAUCUAUGACUCUCGGAUAGCCCGUGCUAGCUGAGGAUCAUGGGACUUGUAGUUCACCGACACAUGGAGGGCUAGUACAGGACCACAAAGUCCGUGCCAUUGCUUGGGGUGAGUUAUCUCAUAACACAGCGAACAGACUGUCUCUCUGCCAUUUGUAAUCACGGGACAAAGUAUUAAAAAGAUGUGGAAAUCGGAAAACUAAAUACAAUUUUAACACUAA